CGGCGGCCAUGUUAAAUCCGCCAUUUUUGCUGAAGAGUCGCCCAUUGCUCGGGGUAGUGUGAAUAUUUUGUUGUAAUUUAAUCCAAAUAUGAUUUUUAUGAGUUAACAGUUACAUUUUUUAACUCAGUGAUUAGUGAUUUACUUAUAGAACAUUAAACUUAGAAUCCCUCAAUUACUAAUGUGGUUUAUUCUCUGUUUCCCGUUUCGUUUUCCCAAUCUAAUCUAAACAGAAAAUGGCCGACGGUGUUGGUGCGGGUGUCUCCUUUGUUUAGGGCUAAAUUCUAGUGAAUAUAAGUGUGUAAAGAAAUAAUGCCUAGUGCCUCGUUUUCCUCUUCGCGUUCUUACGUGCGUAGAUCGCGAAGAAAAGGCGGACAUCGGAUACCACUACCUUCUAGGACACAAUCGAGUGAACCAUGUGAAUCAGUCCCCUGCCCCAACAACGUGACAGGGAGCGUCACAGUGGCGGCUCCGUUCGUGUGCCCCGGCCCCAGCGGCAGCGGGGGCUCGCCGCCGGUCCCCGCCGCGGCCGCCGCCACCACGGCCGGCCAUCACAGCCCCUAUGAUUUACGCCGGAAGUCCCCGCCGGCCUACCACGAGCCCGGGCCAUCGGGCGCUUGCUCUCUACCAGCCAGAAAGAGGCCACGAACAUCACUGGCCCAAGGGGUGGAUGUGUGCAAUGUGUCACAGUAUCUACAAUAUGAGCUGCCUGACGAGGUCCUGCUCUGUAUACUGUCACAUCUCACUGAGCGGGAUCUGUGUCGCGUCGCGCAGGUCUGCAAGAGGUUCAACACCAUCGCCAAUGACACUGAAUUAUGGAAAAGCCUCUACCAAUCGGUGUUCGAAUAUGACACGCCGCUAAUGCACCCGGCGCCGUGUCAGUUCGAAUUCGUGCCGGCCGACGAGUGCGACGCUGACAACCCUUGGAAGGAGAGCUUCCGGCAGCUCUACUACGGCAUACACGUGCGUGCAAACUACCGCCCCAAGAAGGAUUCGCGGAUUAAGCAUUUUAACACUAUUCGGGCGGCUCUGGAAUACGUAGAGGAGCGCGGAGGCGGCGCGAGCUCGGGCGCGGGGGCGGGCGCGGGCGCGGGCGGCUGCGCGUGCGGCGCGGCGGCGUGCGCGUGCGGCCGCGACGUGCUGCAGCCCGCGCUCGUGUUCGUGCACCACGGGCUCUACCAGGAGGAGUGCCUCGCCAUCGACACUGAUGUCCAGCUCAUUGGUUGUGCCCCAGGCAAUGUGGCAGAAUGCGUAAUACUAGAACGCGAAGCGGAGUCCACUUUAACAUUCGCGGAAGGGGCGAAUAGAGCCUACGCCGGCCACAUGACGCUCAAGUUCUCCCCCGACGCGACCAGCACCAUGCAGCAUCACAAACACUACUGCCUUGAAGUGUCUGACAACUGCUCUCCCACCGUUGAUCAUUGUAUAAUCCGAAGCGCUAGUGUUGUUGGUGCGGCAGUGUGUGUGAGCGGCGCUGGCGCCAAUCCGGUGAUCAAACAUUGCGACAUCAGCGACUGCGAGAAUGUCGGUCUGUACGUCACCGACUACGCUCAGGGAGCUUAUCAGGAUAAUGAGAUCUCACGCAACGCGUUAGCGGGCAUUUGGGUAAAGAACUUCGCCAACCCGAUAAUGCGCCGCAAUCAUAUACACCACGGAAGAGACGUUGGUAUAUUUACGUUUGAAAAUGGAUUGGGUUAUUUUGAAGCAAAUGACAUACACAACAAUCGGAUCGCCGGUUUCGAAGUUAAAGCCGGCGCGAACCCUACCGUUGUCCACUGCGAGAUACACCACGGACAGACAGGGGGCAUAUACGUCCACGAGUCUGGACUUGGCCAGUUCAUAGACAACAAGAUACACUCAAACAACUUUGCUGGAGUGUGGAUCACUUCCAACAGCAAUCCCACUAUAAGGAGGAAUGAGAUAUAUAAUGGACACCAGGGAGGAGUGUACAUCUUUGGUGAAGGCCGCGGUCUUAUUGAGCACAAUAAUAUUUAUGGAAAUGCUUUAGCUGGGAUACAGAUACGUACAAAUAGCGACCCAAUAGUGCGGCACAACAAGAUCCACCACGGCCAGCAUGGCGGCAUUUACGUGCACGAGAAGGGCCAGGGGCUGAUCGAGGAGAACGAAGUGUACGCCAACACCCUGGCCGGGGUUUGGAUCACUACUGGCUCGACGCCUGUGCUGAGGCGCAAUAGGAUCCAUUCGGGAAAGCAGGUCGGCGUAUAUUUCUACGAUAACGGGCACGGCAAGCUAGAAGACAAUGAUAUAUUCAACCACUUAUACUCAGGCGUCCAGAUCCGGACUGGGAGCAAUCCAGUCAUCCGGGGCAACAAGAUAUGGGGAGGGCAAAAUGGAGGAGUUCUGGUGUAUAAUGGAGGCCUCGGGCUCCUGGAGCAGAACGAGAUUUUCGAUAACGCCAUGGCCGGUGUAUGGAUUAAGACUGAUUCCAAUCCCACGCUCAAAAGAAAUAAAAUUUUUGAUGGGCGAGAUGGGGGCAUUUGUAUUUUCAAUGGGGGGAAGGGUGUACUUGAAGAGAAUGACAUAUUUCGCAACGCACAAGCGGGCGUGCUGAUCUCGACGCAGAGCCACCCCGUGCUGCGUCGGAACCGGAUCUUCGACGGGCUCGCGGCCGGCGUCGAAAUCACCAACAACGCCACCGCUACGCUCGAGCACAACCAGAUAUUCAACAACAGAUUCGGAGGACUAUGCCUAGCGUCGGGCGUUUCGCCACUGGUGCGCGGCAACAAGAUCUUCAGCAACCAGGACGCCGUGGAGAAGGCGGUGGGCGGCGGACAGUGUCUUUACAAGAUAUCUUCGUACACGUCUUUCCCCAUGCACGACUUCUAUAGGUGCCAGACCUGCAAUACUACUGACCGCAACGCCAUCUGUGUGAACUGCAUCAAGACGUGCCAUUCUGGACACGAUGUAGAAUUCAUUCGCCAUGACAGAUUCUUCUGCGACUGCGGCGCCGGCACGCUGUCCAACCAGUGCCAGCUGCAGGGCGAGCCCACGCAGGACACCGACACGCUGUACGACUCCGCCGCGCCCAUGGAGUCGCACACGCUCAUGGUCAACUGAGCCGCCCCACACCUCGCCACACCACGCCACCCACCACACGCGCACACUAUUUAUUUUAGCUUUAUAAGCCGCUCAACGGAUAAAUCCAAACGAUUCGAUGCCUGUUUUUAAACUAACUAAUUGUCGGAUAAGAAUAAACUUUUGGUAAGGUGGUUUGAUAAUUAUCAGGUAAACUGCGGUAUUGGAAAAUGCAUCAAAUAUAACUUUUCGAAAAUGAAAUGUCAAAUUACAUCGCAAGUGAGGUUCGUUUAAAAAUGGUGGUUUUGUCCGAUGUGGAUGUUUCAUUAUGUUUGUAACAAUACUGCAGUCGACGAGCACUAGAGAUCGUUCGAGUUUAUCCCCGCGGCUGAACCUCCGCUCUAAUAUUUUUAUUACCUAAAACUUCGCUCCUCCGAAGUCUACUUUUUUUCUCCGGUCCGACUAAUCGUGCGAUCGGUCUCCCGAUAUGUAUUUUUCAUCUUUGUACUUUAUAUAGCUGACGAAAGAUCUAUUUCGGACACUACACUUAUCUGUAUAUGUAGAUCUUUUUUUUAUCAUCGGUACUUAAUAAUUAUGUAUUUCGUCGAGUAGUAUCAUGCAUUCCCAAAUUGUAAUCGUACUAUUAUAUCGAGAGAUCACAUUGAUAUUUAGAAUAAUGUUAUUCGUUUUGUAAGGUGUAGGAGCGUAUAUAUAGAGUAGUUUCAUAAUCGUGGAGAAAGAAUUUGUUUUCGAUUCCUUUAAACGAAUUAUACAUUGUUUAGUUGUAACUAGUUCGAUAUCCGGCGGCCGGCACGGUCAGGAUGGCUUGUAAAAUAAUCACUUAUUAUUUUUAACAUUUUGACGACAAGAUACUUUUUAUUUGGGGCAUUUAUUCGUUUAGCUCUCCUGACAAUAUAGUUGAUUGUUCAGACGUUUUAGUUAAUAAAGAUAUAUCGUGCACGAGCACGGAGCGGCCUCCGCCAUGUAGCCCAGGAGUCGCCUCGCCUAACUACAGGCGCUCCUCCGCUUUGUAAAUAUUUAUGUCACACAAUAAUCGAAAAUGUAGCAUUAAUGUAUUUGUAUUAUUAUAUUUUUAUUAUUGAUCACAACAUGUAUGUUUAAUUAUGAAAUUACGUACGAUAUGGUCAGGGACGGGCCGCGUAGUCGGCGAGCCGGUAAGGGCCGAGCGCGGCCGAUAGUGUAUAGAACGAAUGUGCGUAUUUAAUUGGAAAAGAUCUUAGGUACAAUUGAUAUUUUAUUAUAUUGUUAAUUUAAAUUUGGUAUUGAUAUCGAUCGAGAAGCAAUGUUAGGAAACUGGGAAGCGCCGCCGCGAGCGGCCCGCGUGCUGAUAGUGAUAAGAUUAGCCCUAAGCUAUAAUGAAAAUCUAAAUUACUCAGUAAUCACUAUUGCAAGUUUCGAAUUGUUAAAUUGUCUCUCCAUAGCACGGUAUGUUCUGAAUCUGCUUUUUUGUAAUCCUCAAUCUGUGAUCAUCGCUAAAUGUAUAAGUGAAAAUAUUUAAGUUGAACCAAACGUGCAGAAUUAUGACUUUAUUGUAUCAUCAAAAUUAUUGUGGCCGUUGCUUUAUAUAUCUGAUUGAGAAAUUUGUUAUUUAUUGAAUUGUCAGUAUGUUCUAAUUUAUUGAAUUCGAAUCUGGAUAUUUUGUUUAUACGUGAAAUACCACUGUAAAAGCCGUGAUAAUACAUCAUAUAAUAUA